GGCUCAGGGCAUCGGGAAGGUCUUCCAGUGGUAUCAUACAAGUGGGCAAUUUCCACGACCCUGUGUGGAAGAUGUGACGGGCGCAAGUUGACGUUUUGAGCAUGAGGGUUUCCAAGUCCGGUGUAUGAUUUGUCAAGCUUCCAACAGGUGCACGUUUCAUUCAUGUUUCUUCAGACCCGUUGGGCAAAAAAUCGCAGGCCACACCCGCAAAGCAUUGAUAAGCAGAUCGACGCAAGAUCAACGCAGCUUGGACUGAGCUUCGGAUGACCUUGUCCGAUUCUGCGCAGAGAAGUUGGACGUGCCAUCUUGGAAAGAGAAGAAAUCCCAGGCUCAACUUGGCAGAAGAGAUCUCCACCGAGAGGAAGAUGGUGAAUCGCAAGAUGCCGCAUCUCCUCAUACAGCUUUUGGACAGGAGUCAGGAGGACUUGCUGCUGGUGGUCCUCACCUUCUUAAAAAAGCUCUCCGUCUUUGAGGAGAACAAGGAUCAGAUUGCCGUGCCGGAGACCUUGUCCAACUUGGUGAAACUGGCGCAGAAUCCCAACAGUCGCAUCGCCCUUCUAUCCCUGCGGCUCCUGUUCAACCUCUCCUUCGACGAGCGGGUUCGCGGCGCGCUGGUGGAGUCUGGCAUCAUCAAGCUGCUGGUGGACCUGCUAAAGCACCCGCCCUUCAGACACAGCGUGCUUCGUUUGCUGUAUCACUUCUCCAUGGACGAGCGCUGCAAGUCGCUCAUGGCCUUCCACGGGGAAGGCAUGACCAUGCUUCUGCAGCUGGUAGUGCAUUUCCCAGAGCCUCGAGUGGGCAAGGACUUGGUGGCGCUCAUGGUGAACCUCGCCACGAACGCACGGGCAGCGGAGGUCAUUGUACAGAGCGGCCUCUUCCCCCCGAUUGUGCUCCGCGUCAUGAAGCACCGGGAUCCGCUGCUCUGCAAGGUGAUUCGUCAUGUGGCCUCGCAUCCGGGAGUCCUAGAACAAAUGCUAGAUCUCCUCGCCAGUGAGGGCGUGCGCAUGGCCAAGUGGAUGACCGAGUUCGUGCGCAUGGCGCUGACCUCCGUGGACAACCCCGAGCUGCUCCUGGAGGUCCUUGGAACCUUGGCCAACGUCACGGUGGAGGAGGUGGUCUGGGGGGAGCUCUGCGAGGCGGGGCUCGUGGAGCUCCUCACGCGGCUGCUGGUCCCUGGAUUCUCCGAGGAUGACGUCGUCUUGGAGUGCAUCCUGCUCAUCAGCAACCUUGCCUGCUGUCGCGAGUCUGUGCAGCACGUCGCAGAGUCGCGGCUACCGGCCAUGAUGCAGGACCUGCUGAUCGAGAAACGAGAAGAUGAGGAGAUCGUGGUGCAGCUCCUCUUCGCCUUCCAGUGCCUUCUGGGCCAGGAUGAGGUGCGAGACUUCGUUCUCCAAGAGACCGAGCUCGCGCCCUGCAUCAUGAGGUUCGCUCGGGCGCGGAACCCGCUGGUGCUGGAGUAUGCCACGGCGCUGUUACAGAUUGUGGCCGUUGCGAGCGACAACCAGAGUGCAGAGGAUGGGCAGCCGGCCUGGGUGGAGCAGAUCAAGGCCUUCCGCUUUGAGCAGCACAACCAGGAGUGGUGUAGAUACGUCUCUCGGGAGCUCAGCGGCGGCACCGGCAUGUCCCCGAGCUACGGCGGCUACUACGACGAGCACGAGGGCAGCGGGGAGGACGAGGAGGAGUUUGCCUUCCACUGGGCCGGCAUGGACGCGGCGGAUCCGCGGGACCUGGCGAAACGAGACUGGGCCAACCAGGACUUUGGAAAUCUUUCACACUCGAGCCGGUGGGCGUGAAGAAGCGCAACGAAGGAGAGCAAGAGGUUGCUCCGGUGGAAUGAGAGCCAGGCUUAGAACCGGCGGCAUCGGCCAUUCCU